AUGCUUUGCACGAAGGUGGUGGAGGGAGGAAGCUCGCUCCCGUGGCACUCGAGCAGGGCUGUGGGUGGCGAAGGAGCACACAGCAGACGGCCUCGUCCUGUGCGCGUCCUCGGGAUGGGCGGCCCACGGACGACCCUGUCUGUCUUCCUUAUUUUUGUGUCUGUGUAUCUGCAUGGGGUUCUGUCGCAGGAAGCCGGCCCUGCAGCGCAAAGAAAACCAUUUUUCGAGAGGCUCCGCAGACUAGAAGAGCAGUUUCGGAGGCUCCAAGAGGUGACCCUCACACACCUGCGGGGCCUUGCCAGCAACUACAACCUGUCCUACGACAUUGACACUCGGUUCCAGAGCCUGGCCCUGGAGACCCAGGCUGUGGCCUUGGCCGUGAACCGGUCACAGACCGCUGUGCAGGGUGACCUGAGCCGCCUCAAGACCUGGAUGCAGAAGUCACAGCGCAGGAGCCGGAAGCUGGACUCCAGGCUGCUGGCCUUGGACUCCGCCCUGAGUGACAGGGACAGGCAGCUGGCCCAGGCGGGGAAGGAGCGGGAGGCACAGGGGGAUGGCCUCGCCAGCCUUGGCCUGGCUCUGCGGGCCCUACAGGACACGGUGGCCGGCCUCACGCACCUGGUGCAGAGCCAGGGCGCCAGGCUGGCUGCUCUCGAGGGACGACUGCAGGUGGCCGGUCCUGGCGCCGUGGCCCCGGGGCCGACUCCGGCCCUGCCCCCGCCCCUGCCCCCUCCGCUGCCCCUGCCCCAGCUGGGGCUGCCAAGCCCAGGCUCCCCGAAGCUGCAGAGGGGCGGGCAGGCGCUCAGAGCUCCGCCUGAGCCCGGGGACCCACCUCAGGACCUCACAGGCCGUCUCCAGGGGACGCAGGAGCCACCAGGCCCAGGCAGCCGGCAGACCCGGCCGCCCGAGAGACCAGGAGAGACCUGCAACGUGGGCCCCGUGCUCGUCUUCCCCAACGCCUCCACCCAGAACGUCGCCUUCCUGAGCCCCGGCUUCCCCGCAGGCCUGCGGGCCCUGUCUGUCUGCAGCUGGGUCCGCGUGGCCUCGGGCCACCUGGGCACCCUGCUCUCCUACGCCACCGAGGAGAAUGACAACAAGCUCGUGCUGCACGGCAGGGACUCCCUGGUCCCUGGCUCUGUCCACUUCGUGAUCGGAGACCCGGCCUUCAGGGAGCUGCCCCUGCAGCCACUGCUGGACGGCCGGUGGCACCAUGUGUGUGUCAUCUGGACGUCCACGCUGGGCAGGUACCGGCUCCACGUAGACCGCAGGCUAGUGGCCACCGGCUCCCGCUUCAGGGAGGGUUACGAGAUCCCUCCAGGGGGGUCCCUUGUGCUGGGCCAGGAGCAAGACAGCGUGGGGGGUGGGUUCGACAGCUCCGAGGCCUUCGUGGGGAGCGUGGCGGGCCUGGCCAUAUGGGACCGGGCGCUGGUCCCCGGGGAGGUGGCAAGCCUCGCCACGGGGAGGGGGCUCCCUCCGGGCGCUAUCCUCACGCUGGACGACGCCCACCGGGUGGGCGGAUUCGUGCAGAGGGUGAACUGCAGCUGCCUGGCACUCUGUACCUGAGGCUUUGUUCUCGGGCUGGACGGGGACAGCCUAAGCAGCACCAGCCACCUGGCCCCUGGCCCCAGCACCCCCCCCCCCCGUAGAGGGCCCCCUCCCAGACUGGGGAGGGGACAGGGCAGCGUGGAGGGAGGGGGGGGCGGGCCACCGGGCAGAGCAGGGCUGUGGGAGGAUGGCAGGCAGGGACAGAAUGGGCUGUGACACCAUGCCAGCUGGGCCCCACCUGCCAGCAGGGAGCGCAGGACUCCAGUGGAGACUCUCUGGGCUGGGGCUGCCGAUGGAGAACCCCGUUUUCCUGGAAACAGUGUGGGUCAUUUGGACUACCGUGGGCCUCUCUAAGGCGGCUUAUGGAAGAGUCCUUCUGGGCUGUCCUUGCUCCCGUGUCCCUCGUGGAGAGGACCAGGGAUCCAUUUCCUGCCCCAGGGCUCCACUGCCCUAUGCCGGGUGCCCUGGGGGGUCCCUUAAGGUGCUGUGGUGGCUGGAGGGGCUGCCAGAGCCGUCGGGACGGGGGACCCACAAAGGGAGCAAGCUAUUCAGGAACGAACGGCAGCCUCGCCGGACCCUCACCGGAGAGCGUGUCACCAAGUUCACCCGUGUCACGGAAGCAGUUCAAAGAUGAUCAGCGAGUUUACUGAGCUGGGCAACCGUCACUGCGUUCCACUUUGAGGGGGUUUCCACGGCCCCUCACCCGCAAACCAUGCCUGUUCAUGGUCGCUCCUGCCACCCCAGCCACCGCAACCACGGAGCGGCUCCCCGUCUCCGCCGACCUGCCUGGACGUCGGACAUCUCUCGGGAUGGAAUCCCACUCCGUGUCUGCCUCCGGCCUCACCCACGAGGCAGCACGUCAGGCACCCGUCCUCAGCUGUGCCCGCCCCCACCAGCUGAUGGGCACUGGGGCUGUGUCCAGGCUUCGGCUUCAGCGAA